AUGGCUGAUUGGAGCAUGUCCGUGGGCUCGCUGGGCGAGGACGUGGUGGCCCGGCUCUGUGAGCUCCUGGACACUGCCAGCCGGGGCUGGCGCAAGCUGGCAGAGGUGGCCGGGGCCGAGAAGCGCUUCAAAUGCAGUGAGGAGGAGCUGGAGAUGUGCUCGCUGAAGGUGCUGGAGCCCCGCGGCAGCCCCACACAGUGUCUCCUGCAGCUGCUGGCCGAGCGGGACUGCAGCCUCAAGUACCUGCUGGGCUGCCUCGCCAAGAUGGGGCACACGCCAGCCUAGAUGCUCCUCUCCUCUCCCACAGUCCAAGACACAAUCCGCAUCACAGUGCAGCCGGAGUCGCACACGGUGGCAGAGGGGACGCGGGUGGCUCUGAUGUGCUGGGCGAGCGGCCCCCCAGGGCUCAGUUACCAGUGGUUCUGCGGGAAGCAGGAGUUGCCCGGAGCCACAGCCCCAGAGCUAGUGGUUGACACGGGCACCCCGCAAGGCCAGCCCGGCUGGUACAUCUGCCGUGUCAACUGUGGGGUCAACUACACCUUCUCCAGGUGGGCCCACGUCCAGGUUGAGAGGAGCAGCAGCCCCAGCUCAGGUGGUGAGUGGCUACUGCCCGACCAUGGUGGGGCUGCAGAUCCUGUGGCAGCCCCAGCCGUGCCGUUGGCCGAAGGGGACACGCUGUUGCUGGAGUGCAGAGCCAUGGGCAAUCCGCCCCCCCAGUACCAGUGGUUCAGGAACCGGCAGCCUGUGGAGGGUGCACGGGCGCCCCAGCUCCAGGUGAAACUGGUGACGACGGCUGAGAGGGGCAGCUACUCGUGCCGCGUUUUCAACCUCUUCCACGAGGUGUGGAGCCGGGAGGUGGAGGUGGAGAUCGGCCCGCGGCUCUUCACCUCCGGAGGCUCCUGGCCGGAUGGGGAUGGAGGUGCUCCGGAGCACUGUAACCCUGGCCAGCUGUAUGCCACCGACAAAGUGGCACUGCUGAUCGGCAACAUGCACUACGUGCACCACAAGCACCUGAAGGCACCCAUGGUGGACGUGCACGCCCUGAGCAACCUCCUCCGGCAGCUCGACUUCAAGGUGGUCUCGCUGCUGGACCUGUGCAAGGCUGAGAUGCAGAUGGCCGUCAACGAGUUCCUCCUGCUCCUGGACAAGGGCGUCUAUGGUUUGCUUUACUAUGCCGGGCAUGGCUACGAGAACUUCGGCAACAGCUUCAUGGUGCCCAUCGACGCGCCCAGUUCCUACACGUCAGCUCACUGCCUGUGCGUGCAGCGUGUGCUGCAGAGCAUGCAGCAGCGCCACACAGCCCUCAACAUCUUCCUGCUCGACAUGUGCCGCAAGAGGAACCUCAAUGACGACAUCAUCCCACAGGUCGGGGCGCUGCAAGUCACGGCCAACAUUGUCUUCGGCUAUGCCACCUGCGCUGAUGCCGAAGCUUACGAGCUCAGCCAGGGCGAGCUCUCCAACGGCAUCUUCGUGAGCUUCCUGAAGCGCUGGCUGAUGGAAGAUGAGAAGAUCACAGUGCUGCUGGACAAGGUGGCCGAGGACAUGGGCACACUGGAGAUCACGCGGGGCCGGCAAGCCCUGGAGCUGCGCAGCAACCUCUCGGAGAGACGGGCCCUCACGGACCCCAUCCGGCCAGCUGAGGGCCAGGACGAGUCCUCCGUCAGGAAUCUGCAGUGGGCCAAGGCCCACGUCCUGCCAGAAAGCCGACACCUCCGCUUCGACUGUGGCAUCACUGUCCAGCUGGGCUUUGCUGCUGAGUUCUCCAACAUUAUGAUCAUCUACACUCGCAUCGUGGCCACCCCGAAGGAGAUCGCCAAGUGCGAGGCCAAGCUCACGGACAUGCCGGAGGAGCUGGACGCGGAUCUCAAGUUCACCAACAAGGAGAGCCCUGAGGAGGUGGGUAGCCCGCUGUCCCCAACCUGGAGCCACAAUGUCCCCUCCUGCUGCCUCUACAGCCGGCUCUGCGGUCUGCAGAAACUGCGGCAGGAGCUGGCGUUCACCGUGUGCCUGCAGUACCGGUAUUGUGGCAUGGAGGACUUUGUGGAGGAGAGGCGGAUGGUGAAUGUGGGCAAGCCACUCAUCGCCAAGCUCAACCUGCGGCUUGGGGAUGGGGACGCUGCCCGGGAUGCAUCCGUCUCACCGCUGGGCUCCGAGGCCUCCGGCAGCCCCCUGUCCGACUCACUCCCAGGAAGCUGGGUGGCCACUGGUGCUCACUGGCUGAACACCCCUGAGGAGACCCCGAGCCCCGACACCCCCGGCGUGCACUCCCUGUAG